GUCGGACCUGGGACGAGGCCGAGUAUGCGGAGCGGGCGCGACGGAGGCAGCAGCAGACCAAUGAGACUGCUGACCCUUCGGCGAAGAAGAACGUGCGCAAGUUUUUUGAGUCUCGCAGGGAGCAGUUGGAGAAGGUUGACAAGUUCAACAGUGUGACAUUUGUGGGUUCUAUGAACUCCAAGGAAGCCAGUUUUUUUUGUGAUGUUUGCAACAGACGAUUCAAGGACGACCUCAAGUUUGUGGAACACCUCAAUUCCAAAGAGCAUUUGGUGAAUUCUGGAUUUUCGCACGAGUCUGAGCUUCAGCGGGAAGUAACUCUCGACCAGGUGAAGGAGAGACUCAAGCAAUUGAAGGCAAAGCUGGAUAAACCCCAAGAGAAUGCUCCUGAGGUUGAUUUUGCUACAGGAGUGCAACAAAUGAGAGAGAAGUACGAGCAGGAAAAGCAGAAGAAGAAAGCCAAGAAACGGAAACGACAGGAGCGACAGGACCCUGACGUAGACGAGGAGGACGCUGAAAUCAAGAAAUUGAUGGGGUUUGGCAGCUUCAAAAAGUAGGUGCUGGUUUCAGGGAGAAAUUAUGCUACAUUUUUUUACAUUGAGGAGUUUGAGCGCUAUUUCAUUAUGACUCUAUUUGCGCCCUACAUAUAUGCCUGGAGCAAAGAUGAAAGCAAAGCGUUUAGGCUUUCCAACCUCAAAGAUGCCUCUCGGAUAGGCUUAAACAGCGUCACACUGGCCUUUCUGACCAAUGAUCGCUAUGAAGAAAUUGAGCAGUGGACAGAGGACGUUCGUCAGUUCCCAGGACAGGUCAUUCUUUCUAUAGGGGGAGCAACUGGCGAGUAUCCUUCAGAUUGUCGGUCUGUUGAAGAAGAGGCCUUUCGGCUGAUUGACUUGGUCACAAGGGCAGGAUUCAAAGGGAUCGAUUUGGAUAUCGAAGGCAGUGUUCUAGAGAGGCAAAAUAAGGUUGCAAAAAUUGCCAGAAUAAUAAGUCUUGUCCAGAGCCAUUUCGGCACACAGUUCCAUGUUUCGCUCACGCUUCCUGUCGAGUUCCAGGGAGGACUAAACGAUGACGCUCUCUGGGCUCUGGAUGAGUUGAUCAGCAAUAAGGUUCACAUCAAGAUUGUCAAUGCUAUGAUCAUGGAUUAUUAUACUAAGCUACCUUCUGGAUCUAACUGGGGAGCGGAAAACAUUCGCAUUCUGAACGACAUCAACCGCCAAUUGCGAUUAAGGUUGCAUCUGACCGAGGACCAAGCUUGGAGAAUGAUUGGAAUAUGCCCGAUGAUAGGUUACAACGACGACAAUACUGUUUUCUCGCUCAUUGACUUUGAUAGAGUUUUGGCUUUUGCCAAGACCAAAAACAUUGCUCUGAUCACAUUCUGGGCGAUAAACAGGGACCAGGUGGUUUCGAGGAGCGAGAGGUUGAAACCAAAGAAAAACGUAUAUGCGUUUUCGAACGCACAGAGUCGCGAUUUCGAGUACUGUCGCAAGGUACAAGAGUACUUUAAUUAAAUAUAUA